AUGGCUGUGUAUGUGGAUCACCGAGCAGAAGCUCCUGAUGCAGUUGCUUCUCCUUCCCACAUAGCGUGGCACCCACUCCAUCCGCUCCUGGCAGUUGCUUCCAUCAGCACAGCAUCUGGGGGCUGUGUGGAUAUCUACCUGGAACAGGGAGAACAUGUGUCCGAUGCACAUCUUGAGAGAAGCUUUCAGGUCACGUCACUCUCCUGGCACCCUUCCAGACCAAUUCUUGCAGCAGGCUGGGAGACGGGAGAAGUUGUGAUACUUAACAAACAGGACAAGGAGCACCAUGCGGUGCCACCAAAUCAUAACACCAAAAUUACAGUCCUAAACUGGAGUAUGAAUGGUACCUGCCUUGUAUCCGGUGAUAUGCACGGUGUUUUGGUUCUCUGGAGAAUGAACCAGCGAGGCAGAGUGCAGGGUCCUGCGCUGCUGAAACAAGAGUAUGGAAAAUGUCUGUCUCACUGUGUUUUUCGCCCACCCCAUCCUGACGAGGACUUUGUACAGCUAGCAAAAGCAGCUGUGGGUGGUGAUGAGAAGGCCUUGGAUAUGUUUAACUGGAGAAAAGCUGGAACAGGAACACCUCUGAAAAUGGGACUCCAGGAAAGGCCGUCCUUCUUUAUCACUUUGACAGAUGGUUCUGUGCAUUAUGUGAAUGAGAAAGGAAAGACAAGUCAUGUAUUGUCUACAGACAGUCUGGUCCAAAAGCUUCUCUUCUUGGAGGAAAGAGAUGUUUUAGUUGUAAUAACAGAGAACCUGCAGUUGUCAUUGCAUGCAGUUACUCUUGAGGGAGAGGCAGAAGAGCUCAUGAAGGUGAAGUUGAGUGGGAAGAUAAGUCAUUCUGCAGACAUCAUUUUAAUAGACCAUAGCCUUGUUGUUACAGCACUAGGUGAGACGGUAAUCAGGUUCUGGGAUUUGGACCGAAACGAGAACUAUGUGCUCUCCCCAGAUGUGCAAUUUGGCUUUGAAGGAGGAGAAUGUAUUAACUGUGUUUCUUACUGCAGUACUAAAGGUCUCUUAGCAGCUGGAACUAACAAAGGGAGAAUAGCGAUGUGGAGAAAAGCAGUGGGAUCCGAUCAGAGCAUGUGGGCUUUGGAGGGCAAGGAGAAGUGGAAGCUCCAGGCACCUACAGAACUUGAAGGAAAUGUCACUCAGAUAAAGUGGGGCUCCCGAAAAAACCUGCUGGCAGCGAACAUCAUCAGCUCUGUGGUGAUCCUCAGUGAGCAGGCCAUGUUGUCCCAUUUUCAUCAGCAAGUGGCCAUUGUACAGGUGUCUCCCAACCUGUUUAAUGUGACCACCUUCAGCACAGGAACCACACACACUCUUCGUACUGAUAUGAAGGUUAAUGGAGUCUUCGUUACUAAGGAUGCUGUCGUAUUCUGGAAUGGGAAGCGAGUUACUGUCUUUGAGUACUCAGGAGAUACCUUCAGAAGUGCAGGCUCUUUUCUUUGUGACUCACCAGUUCUGUCUGUGCAUGGAGAAAAUCUGUACACAGUUGAGCCAUAUCGGGUCCAGGUCCGCACUUGGCAGGGCACAGUUAAACAGCUGCUGGUGUUCUCUGAAGCAGAGGGGAAUCCAUGCUUCUUGGAUAUCUGUGGAAAUUUCCUGGCUGUGGGAACCGAUUUGGCUCACUUUAAAAUCUUUGAUCUCUCUCGCAGAGAAGCAAAAGUGCAUUGCAAUAGCAAGAACUUCUCUGAGCUGUGUCCUGGCCUUGGAGGCAUUGCAUCUGUCAAGUGCAAUGCUAACGGCAAUAAAGUCAGCAUCCUUGUUAGCAAGGCAGAUGGGAACAUUGAUUCCAAGAUCUGUUUCUAUGAUGUUGAAAUGGACAAAGUUACAGUCUUUGAUUUCAAGGCUGAACAGGGAAAUAGUAGAGAGAAGCUUUCUUCUGGGCAAGGCAUUGACAAGUCUGUUGUGGAGUAUCCAGAGUUGCGCAGUCACGUCCCUGCUUGCCAUUUCUGGGACCAGAGUGAACCAAGACUUUUUGUAUGUGAAGCAGUCCUUGAAACAUGCCUGCAAUCUCCAGACCAGAAGGAGAACCAGAUUGACAACACAACGGAUGUUUGGAUUUUAUCAUUCUUCAGUACUGAAGAGCACAGCCUUUUGCUUCAGGAGAGCUUUCCAUUGCCUUCAUCCUACCAGGUUCUUCUGGGCAUAGAGGUGCCACAUUAUUACUUUGCAAAAAAGCCAGGAGAAGCUGAAAAUGAACAAGCAGAGUCUGGCUCAGUGAAGGUCUCUCAGAUGGUUGCGAGAAGACCCAUGAGAGAUUUUGUUGGAUUAGGAGACUGUGAUAAGACCACCCAGGAUGCCAUGCUGAAUUUCAGCUUCUAUCUGACUGCUGGAGACAUGGAUGAGGCCUUCAAAUCCAUCAAACUGAUAAAAAG